GCCAGGCGGGGGAUGCGGGCGCCCGCGGCCCCGGCCGCGCCGACCGCCCAGACACAGGCGCAAGAUGGCAGAUGCCGACUGAGGCGGGGGGGCCCGAGCUCGCGCGCCGCCGGCCCGGCGCCGUUGCCAUGAACCGCGGACAGCCCGGCCCGGAUGGCCCCCGUGCGCGAAGGUAUGGCCUCGCAGGUGCAGCUGUUCUCCCCUCACGCCCUUCAAUCAAGUGCCUUCUGUAGUGUGAAGAAACUGAAAGUCGAGCCGAGCGCCAACUGGGACAUGACCGGCUACGGCCCCCACAGCAAAGCCUACAGCCAGAGCAAGCUCGCGCCGCCUUCCCAGCCAGCCGCCACAACCGUCAGCACCUCCUUGGCCCUCCCCAACCCCAGCCUCCCCUACGAGCAGACCAUCAUCUUCCCAGGCAGCACCGGGCACCUCGUGGUCACGUCCGCCAGCAGCGCGGCGGCGGUGCCGGGCCCCCCCGUGCUCGGCGGGCCCCACAACCUGAUGCGCCGCAGCACUGUGAACCUCCUGGACACCUACCAAAAAUGCGGACUCAAGCGCAAGAGUGAGGAGCUGGAGAACACGAGCAGCGUGCAGAUCAUCGAGGAGCACCCGCCCAUGCUCCAGAACAAUGCCAGCGGGGCCACGGUCGCCACGGCCACCACGUCCACGGCCACCUCCAAGAACAGCGGCUCCAACAGCGAGGGCGACUACCAGCUGGUGCAGCACGAGGUCCUGUGCUCCAUGACCAACACCUACGAGGUGCUGGAGUUCCUGGGCCGCGGGACGUUCGGGCAGGUGGUCAAGUGCUGGAAGCGCGGCACCAACGAGAUCGUGGCCAUCAAGAUCCUCAAGAACCACCCGUCGUACGCGCGGCAGGGCCAGAUCGAGGUCAGCAUCCUGGCCCGGCUCAGCACCGAGAGCGCCGACGACUACAACUUCGUGCGGGCCUACGAGUGCUUCCAGCACAAGAACCACACCUGCCUGGUCUUCGAGAUGCUGGAGCAGAACCUCUACGACUUCCUCAAGCAGAACAAGUUCAGCCCCCUGCCCCUCAAGUCCAUCCGGCCCGUGCUGCAGCAGGUGGCCACGGCGCUCAUGAAGCUCAAGAGCCUGGGCCUGAUCCAUGCCGACCUCAAGCCGGAGAACAUCAUGCUCGUGGACCCGGCCCGGCAGCCCUACAGGGUCAAGGUCAUCGACUUCGGCUCGGCCAGCCACGUGUCCAAGGCUGUGUGCUCCACCUACCUGCAGUCCAGAUACUACAGGGCCCCCGAGAUCAUCCUGGGCCUCCCCUUCUGCGAGGCCAUCGACAUGUGGUCGCUGGGCUGUGUCAUCGCCGAGCUGUUCCUGGGCUGGCCGCUCUACCCCGGCGCCUCCGAGUACGACCAGAUCCGCUACAUCUCACAGACACAGGGCUUGCCGGCUGAGUACUUAUUAAGCGCGGGGACAAAGACCACCAGGUUCUUCAACCGUGACACCGACUCUCCGUACCCUUUGUGGAGGUUGAAGACCCCGGAUGACCAUGAGGCCGAGACGGGGAUCAAGUCGAAGGAAGCGCGGAAGUACAUCUUCAACUGCUUGGAUGACAUGGCCCAGGUGAACAUGACCACGGACCUGGAGGGCAGCGACAUGCUGGUGGAGAAGGCCGACCGGCGGGAGUUCAUUGACCUGCUCAAGAAGAUGCUCACCAUCGACGCCGACAAGCGGGUCACGCCCAUCGAGACCCUCAACCACCCUUUCGUCACCAUGACCCACCUGCUGGACUUCCCGCACAGCACCCACGUCAAGUCGUGUUUCCAGAACAUGGAGAUAUGCAAGCGUCGUGUCAACAUGUAUGACACCGUGAACCAGAGCAAAACCCCCUUCAUCACGCACGUGGCCCCCAGCACGUCCACUAACCUCACCAUGACGUUCAACAACCAGCUGAACACUGUCCACAACCAGGCGCCCACCUCCACCAGUGCCACUAUUUCCUUAGCCAACCCCGAAGUCUCCAUACUAAACUGCCACUCUGCACUCUGCCAGCCCUCCGCGGCGUCCAUGGCCGCGGUCGCCCAGCGGAGCAUGCCCCUGCAGACGGGGACCGCCCAGAUCUGCGCCCGGCCCGACCCCUUCCAGCAGGCGCUCAUUGUGUGUCCGCCCGGCUUCCAAGGGCUGCAGGCCUCGCCCUCGAAGCACGCCGGCUACUCGGUGCGGAUGGAGAACACAGUCCCCAUCGUCACUCAGGCCCCCGGAGCCCAGCCGCUUCAGAUCCAGCCAGGCCUGCUGGCCCAGCAGACCUGGCCGAGUGGCACCCAGCAGAUCCUGCUGCCCCCCGCGUGGCAGCAGCUCACGGGCGUGGCCACCCACACGUCGGUACAGCACGCCACCGUGAUCCCCGAGACCAUGGCUGGCACGCAGCAGCUGGCCGACUGGAGGAACACGCACGCCCACGGCGGCCACUACAACCCCAUCAUGCAGCAGCCCACGCUCCUGACCGGCCACGUGACGCUGCCCGCCGCCCAGCCCCUGAACGUGGGGGUGGCCCACGUGAUGCGCCAGCAGCCCACCAGCACCGCCUCGUCCCGGAAGAGUAAGCAGCACCAGUCGUCGGCCAGGAACGUCUCCACCUGCGAGGUGUCGUCGUCUCAGGGCGUGAGCUCCCCGCAGCGGUCCAAGCGGGUGAAGGAGAGCACGCCGCCCCGCUGCGCGCUGGUGCACGGCAGCCCGGCCUGCAGCUCAUCCGUCACCUGCGGCUGGGGCGACGGGGCGGCCAGCAGCACCCGGGAGCGGCAGCGGCAGCCCAUCGUCAUCCCCGACACCCCCAGCCCCACGGUCAGCGUCAUCACCAUCAGCAGCGACACGGACGAGGAGGAGGAGCAGAAGCACGCCCCCACCAGCACCGUCUCCAAGCAGAGGAAGAACGUCAUCAGCUGCGUCACGGUGCACGACUCCCCCCACUCCGAGUCAUCCAGCGCCACCAGCCCCUACUCGGCGCAGCACCGCGCCGGGCACCACGCCAGCGCCCUGGACACCAAGGGGAGCCUGGAGGAGCACCGCUCGGGGAACCCCCGCACCAUCAUCGUGCCACCCCUGAAAACCCAGGCCAGCGAAGUGCUAGUGGAGUGUGACAGCCUGGGGCCAGUCAGCACCAGUCACCACCCACCCUCCUACAAGCCCAAGUCCUCCAGCAAUGUGACCUCCACCAGCGGUCACUCUUCAGGGAGCUCGUCCGGAGCCAUCGCCUACCGGCAGCAGCGGCCAGGCCCGCAUUUCCAGCAGCAACAGCCACUCAAUCUCAGCCAGGCCCAGCAGCACGUGGCCGGGGACCGCGCGGGGAGCCACCGCCGCCAGCAGGCCUACAUCACGCCCACGAUGGCGCAGGCCCCCUACUCCUUCCCGCACAACAGCCCCAGCCACGGCACCGUGCACCCGCACCUGGCCGCCGCCGCCCACCUCCCCGCCCAGCCCCACCUCUACACGUACACGGCGCCCGCCGCCCUGGGCUCCAGCGGCACCGUGGCCCACCUGGUGGGCUCGCAGGGCUCGGCGCGCCACCCCGUGCAGCACCCCGCCUACCCCGCGGGCAUCGUGCACCAGGUGCCCGUGAGCAUGGGGCCCCGCGUCCUGCCCUCGCCCACCAUCCACCCCGCCCAGUACCCCGCCCAGUUCGCCCACCAGACCUACAUCAGCGCCUCGCCGGCCUCCACCGUCUACACUGGAUACCCGCUGAGCCCCGCCAAGGUCAACCAGUACCCUUACCUAUGAAUACUGCGGGGGGGCUGCGGGGAGGGGGGGCGGCGGGGGGCCUGGGCUUUUUAUACUGAAGAUGCGCACACAAACAAUGCAAACACGGCCGGGCCGGCACCACAAAACUUGAACUAGGAGGCGGAAAAGACUUAGUACCCACAGGAGGACGUUUUAAAGAGGAAGCGUGAAGGGGGGUGGGGGGCGGGGGGGAAUCGAUGCUUUUUAUUUUAAAAAAGAAAAAGAAAAAAAGGAAAAAAAAAUCGUCCAUAACAACAACAAAAAAAACCCACACACCAACAGUUCACCCACCCAUUCGGCUCUGCAGAGGAGGAGGCACGGGGAAGAUUCCAGAAGGGGAUGGGGGUGGGGAGCGGGAGUGGGGGGCGUCCGUUUUCGAAGAACUUUUAUCUAUGAACUUUUCAAAGAGUAUUUUCCUACGGCAGCGGGGCCCCAGCCCGCCGGGGCCCGGGGCUGCCGCAGGGGGAACCCACUAGGUUUGUAAUCGCGACCGCACCCCGGGAUUUCUCCAAAGCUCCGACUGGCCGGCUGCCCCCCGGGGCGGGGUGAAGGGACGGGGUCUGGGGUGACCGAGGUCCUGCUCCUGGGUCAGCACUGCAGGGCGCCUCCCUUUAUGAGCUCUCUGGAUAAAUCCCUGGGCAACGCCAAUCCUCAGAUGUCAUUAAUAACAUGUGUUGCAAACUUUGGUUGAUAGAUUUCCGCCCCCCUUUCCCUGAGAUGGCUUUUCUCUUGGAACCUGUCCUCAGUCCCGUAGCAUCGGGGAGCGGCCGUGGGGACACCCCAGGACCGGGUCACACUCCGCACCCCACUUUCCCCUUGGUCUUCAGCGCCAAUGAUACCAAUAGAACCUUCCUCGAUGGAAUUGCACAAAACUGAAGAGCCCACAGGUGACGGAGCCCAGGCUGUAGCCGCCGGUGGGGGGGGGCCGGGUGCCACCCAGGCCCGGCCCCCCUCCCCCUCCUAGUGCCUUACGGACGCCGCCUCGGGCCGGGGCUCGGUCCCACGGUCACUCCCACGGUACUCCACGGAGCCCCUCCCCCGGGCUCGCCUGCCGUCUCUUCUUCCUUUUCUCUUAAGUUAUUUUUAUUUAACCCGCCCCCCCUCCCUUGUUCUUGGGCCAUUGGCUGGUAGAAGGGUGGCAGGGGGGCUGGCCGGGGCCGGAGAACCCCCCCACCUGGGUAUUGCGAUGUGGGGGGGGGGCAGUGGCGAGGAGCCCGGGGCCUUGGGGACUCGUUUGGUUGACUUUGACUAAGGGGACAGAGCGCCCCUUCCCACCCCUCCCGCCCCCUCCCCGCCCCUGCUCUGCCGUUUGUGGGACCAGAGGUCACGUCUUGCUGCCUCGCCAGGCGGCUGCCUCAGUCACCAGAGCAGAAGGCACAAAGGGGCCUGGUCCCUUCCCAGGGGCUCCCCGAGCCCCCUGUUCUCAGCCUCCAGACACACCCAGCCCACCCCUCACCACCGCCCCCCCUCCCAGGAUCCUUCCCCCUGGAAGACAAGUGUCCAUCUUGGUUUGCUGCUGAAUUCACCCCCCCACCACCAUUUCCCAUGACACGGUUGGGUUUGGACUUUUGAAGGGGCCUGGGGCUGGGGGCAGGUGGCUGGCUGGAGCCCCCCACCCCCUCACCCCGUUCCUCCCCACCCCUCCCAGUGGUCUCUCACAGUGCACUUUGGAAAACGCUUCUUCGGACAGUGACAUUUCCAAAGAAAUGCGCCCUUUGCCCUCUUUGCACCUUUGAACCUUCUAGAACCUUCCUCACACCCGAAGCCCCACCGGCGGGGGGCCAGGAGGGACGAGGAUCUCUCGGUUGACAGCAGAUUACUCCAAACGACACGUCUGAGGGCAUCUUGUCCAGUCGAGGGUGGGGUUUGAAAGGGAGGCCCCAGUGGCUUGGUUCUCCAGGCCCCGCCCCCCUGCCCCCCUCCCAGGUGCACAGAGAUGGGCGCCCCCCCAGUUUCAGUGGCCACCCUUCCCCCUGCGCCCCUUCCCUUAACGAUCUACUGUGAAAGCGGUCGGCCCCCACUGGCGGGCGUGGAGCGCUCCCUUAGCUAAUCUCAGCUGUGAAAUGUGAAACCCCCCCACCCUGCCGCAACGUCCGCUUCUCAAAGUUCCCCCAGACUGGAACCGGCUCAGCCCAGGCCUCAGGCUGGAAGGAAGGACACCAGGACCACCCAGCCCCCAGCAGUUGCCCCUGCCCUGGACACGGGGUAGCCAGGUGGCAGGGGUCCCCGGGGCGCCACCCCCAGCUGACCUGCUCAGACCCCGGGCGGAGUCCAGGCUGCCGCUGAGCCUCCACUUGCCUUACCGGGAGCAGCCUGGACCCGACCGCCCCCCCCCCCUCCCCAGCGCCGCCUCUCGCCCUGACCUCGUAGGGGAAAGGACAGCAUUGCCUUCCAUUCCAGAACAUUCAUCUGCUUUGGCUGGAAGUGUCUUACUCUCUGCCCUGACAUUUUCUUUCCUUUUCUUCCACGUCAGGAAUGAACGUUCCUUGCUGCUCAUAAAGAUAAUAUUAUUGUACUAAUUAUUAUUUUUAUUAUGACCGUUGUAAUUACUCUCAUGUCAUCGUGUUGCUCUUUUAGUUGGGGUUCUGAAUGCACGUUUAUUCCCAGUACCUUUGUGUUUUUUUUUUCCUCUUUAAUAUUUAAGCUUACUUGACCUUGAGUGAGUCCAUGAGUAGACUGGCACCCGGCUUUAGUAGAGCAGCCCAGGCACGCCCCAGGAGUUAGGAAAGCGGGCUCUGACCCCACUGGCCCCCCAAGAGCUGGUAACCCCCCAUCUGCCCCGGCCCCCAGGAACAAAGAUUUGAAGCAGCAGCUUCGAGGCCUUUUUCACUGCACAGGCCAGCGUGAGCUCUUGACAAAACCGGUGGUGGUAUGAGGGGCUGGCGGGGGGUGGGGGGGGCGCAGGGGCUUGGACUCGGCUGUGGUUUUCUCCCACACCCCUCUGUCCUCCCGCCAGCAACCCUCAGUCCCCGCCGAGCCCUGGAGGCCUGUGUGGAUGUGUGGAUGUCAGGGCUCCUUCCUUCCCCCAGGAACCCUUCCUCCUCCUCCUCCUCCUCCUCCUCCUCCUCCUCCUCCUCCUCCUCCUCCUCCUCCUCCUCCUCCUCCUCUUCUCCUCCUCCUCCUCCUCCUCCUCCUCCUCCUUCUCCUCCUCUUCUCUUCCUCCUCCUCCUCUUCUCCUCCUCCUUCUCCUCCUCUCCUCCUCCUUCUCCUCCUCUCCUCCUCCUCCUCCUCCUCCUCCUCCUCUUCCUCUUUCACUCCACCCCUUCCUUCCAUCUCCUCAGCACCCAAUUCUCGGGCCAAACUAGGAAGCCAAAAACCAAAAUCUGUCAGGGGCUGGUAGGAGGCCGGGCAAGCUCCUCAGCGCAGGAUGACCCCACCCCACCCUGAGCCAGCACAGAGUGUGUCGGCUGCGGGCCCCCCCCGCCCCCCAACCCAGAACCGCCUCAGUCCCCAGUCCCAGGGCCUGAAGAAAGGGUGAAUGAAACGCUUUGUUGACCCGGGCAGGUGGGAGGGGGUUGCACCGAGCCAGGCCUAGAGCAGACCCGGCCCCGCAGGACCCAGCGGGCGAUCAGAAGCCCCCAGCUCAGCAACCAGCCUUGGGGCAGCGCAGGUCUGCGGUGCCCCGACCCCCAGCCCCCUGGCUGUCGGGACUUCCGGCUCCCGGCUUCCAUGGGGUCAUCUGUGCCCCCCCCACCCCUCUGGAACAGUCCCCAGGGAGGAGGGAGUGGCAGUGAGCAUGAGGCAGGUGCCAGUGGCGGAUGCAGAGAGCAGAGGAGGGGCACAGCGGCCCACCGUGUCACCCCUCCCUCCGCCCCCCCCGGACUGUACCUGCCCUGGGGUCUGGCUGGCUGGGGGCCGGGUGGGCACCGUUCGUGAGCGAGCUCGAGGUGGAGGCUUCGGUGGUGUGCGUGCGUGCGUGCGGGAGAGGAGCUGGCGUUCUUGGCGGGUGGGAAGACGGUGGAGGCUGGAGGGAUGGUUACGGAGGGACCGUGUCGAGGGGACGAGGUGCACCCUGGUAUCUUGCUUCUCGGGUGGGGGCAGACGACCGGGUUGCUGCCGGUCUGAAGCCCCCGAGGAAGCAGAGAGUGCAGAGAGCUGAGCGCGCGAGGGACCGGCCACUGGCCAUCCCAGGGACCUGGGGCUUGGCGUGCGUCUCCCCGGUUUGGGGGAGGAGAUUUUGGUGACUUUGUCUUACAGAUUCCCAGUGGGGAAGCCUCACCUUGGAGCAGGCCAGAGCGGUCCUCACCGAGGGGGAAAGGGGGGCGCGGGGAGGGGGUGGGGGUACAAGCGAUUCCCUUCUUUAGCCAAAGAGCCCUUGCCACACACAGCCCCCUGCCCGCCCACCUGCCCCCUGCCGGCCCUUGCCUGAAUUGCUCCGUUGAUUUCUUUUCCUCUCCUGCGUGGUUUCCGAAAAAUUCUGCUUCUCUCAGAGGGAUGAGGUGUUGCUGCUGUGGUUUGGCCUGCACUGGCGGGCUGCCCUUGUCUGUUCCAUGGGACAUGCGCCCCCCCCCCCCACAUGCACACACACAUGCAUGCGCACGCGUGUGCGCGCGCGCACACACACACACACACACACACACACACACACACCCAAAGCAGACCUGCCAGGAAGCCCUGCUGUGUCGGGGGAUUGGGUGCUUGGUUGGGCUUGCUGGACACAGCACGUCUCCACCUGGACGCCCGGGGACCUCCGUGCCUCACGUCACAAAGGAAAUCCCGCAAAAAUCUCUGCGGACGCCUGCGAUCCCUCAGGAAGGGUCUGGCUGCAGCUGUCUGGAACUCGGGGUGCGGGUCCCAGAGGCAUCCUUCCCUUGAAAGUUGACGGAGAAGAGGCCAGCCCUCCUGCAGGGCACAUUUCUUCAGAUCUCACACACACACACACACACAACUCCCACAAGCCUUUGCGAGCCGCCUCACCUCCGCCCCUGCCGUUCUGCCCUCAGGUUGGUCUCUCACCUGUCAACACUUGCAAUAAGGCGCUGGGGGUGUGCUCAGGGAUGGCGCGGUCGCUCGCUGGCGUGGGGCCCUGGCGACAGAAAGUAGACGGGGGCACCACUCGGAAGGGAGUGUGCAGAGAUGCGCAGUGUCCCCCUCGGCGCCCUGCAGGAGGGGUCUCCUGACCCUCAGUGCCACCCCCACUGACCACACACACACACACGCACACACACACACACACACACGCACACACCAGGAAGGAGACCCCCAGGAAGCUUUGCGGCAGGGGCCCGGCCUCUGCUGAGAUGGUGUCGUUGUGCUCUGGGUGGGAGCCGAGUCCAGGCGACCCUCGGCCACUCCCCCACCAGCCGCCCGCCGAAGGCCAGGUGAGAACCGCGCCCUGUUCUCCCGCUGCUGACUGCAGGCCAUGGGCUGUCUCGGUCCCUGCCACGGGAGGCACCGGGCAGGCUGACACAGAAGGGCGGGGUCAGACUGUCCCCCCCACCCCCGGCUCCUGUGACACGCUGCAAAGCAGAUCCAGGCGGGAUGGACGCCCGGGCCGGGCCCCAGCAGAAAGGGGGGGGGCGGGCAGAGGGCGGGCGCAGUUCUCUAGACUCGAGAGGAAACCUGAAGGGCGCUGUGUUGGGGUCCUCGUAGGAUUCCUUUUCGAUUCCUUCCGGUGGGCCGACUAGCUUUAGUGGCGCUGCUAUAAUAAAGAGUCAGGGAGGGGGGGUUGGAUUUUUCCUUCUUUAAAAAAAAAAAUGAUUUUUUUUUUGUUUAUAGUUAAUUCUAGAAAGGCAAUACUAAAGGUAUAUAUUUUUUUCCAAAUGCUAUUUUUUACUGCACUGAGAAACAGGACAUCUCUGGGCUGUCACAGACCCCUCCCCCACUCAGCGACGGGGGACAGGACUCCAAACCGAUUCGCACCAAAUGUGUAAAUAGCCCGGCUCCGGGGUCCAGAACUUUUUUUUUUUUCUUUCUGUAAAAAAUCAGGAGGAGGAGGAAGAGGAGGAGGAGGCGGAGGAGGAGGAAGACAAAUACAAGAUGAUUUUGAGGAAAAGGAACAAAAGCAUGUUUUCUUUUGAGAUCACCUCAAAAACAGUGGAGUGGGGGCAAGUGUGUCCAUUGAGAAAGCCAGGAAAAGUUGGGGGAAGGAGAAGAUUUGGGCAAGACUGACAGUAACAGUUAGGACUAGAUUCUUUCAGGGCCUGGGACCCCAGUGUCCUAGCAACGAUGCAUCUUUAUUAUUCUUCGGUGGGUUGUUUCUUUGUUCCGUUUUUGGGGUCUUGUACUGUUGGGUUUGUUUGGUUCGGUUUUGUGUUUUGGAGUGGGGGGGUGUUUCUCUGCUUCUUUUUCCCUUUUAAAAACUUCUUUACUGAUUGGCUCCAGGCUUGCUUGCCUAAAUUCUUGGGUAGUUUACAGAAAAGUUCUAGAAUCUUCUGGAGCUUGAACUCCGUUUGGAAGCAAACCCGACUCAGUCAUGGGAAUUUGACAUCCUGGUUGGUGUCCCGAGGCUAGCAGGCUGGGAGUCUGGCAUGACACCCGCAGGCCUCUUUGAGGAAGGUUCUGGAAACGUUGCCUCAUACCUCCCCCCCCCCCCCCCCGCAGCUGUGCCCCACCGGUGAUCAGUACCUCAAAGGGGGGCAUCAGCCCUGGCUCUUUAGCCGUUCUGAGAUCAUGUACACAGCCUCAAGCUUGGGGACCUAAAAUGGCUUCGAACCUUGUGGGCUGGAACAGCGAUGAGUUACACACCCCGGUUGUCUGGGCCUAAAGCGAAUUCUAAAAGGAGCAGAGUCUUGACCCUGAAAGUUUGGCCAAGGAAGAGAGGAAGAGCUGGUUGUGUGUGUGUCGUCACCAAAUGCACCGUCCACAGUGCCUGUCGCCGCGUCCACCCUGUUUACCCUCUCAGAGAGCGGAAGCCACGUCUCGGAGGCCGAGACAGUCGCUGGGGGCGGAGGUUGCGAUGCGUCACUGGGCUUGGCCACGUGUGUGCGUGCGUGUUCCUGGCUGCGUUUUAGAGCCCGGGUGUUUUCUAGUUUACACUGCAACAGUAUUUCUUAAAGGACAGCUCCAGACCCCAGCUGUGGCCUCUGUCACAGCCACGCCCUGUCCUCUUCCCCCCCUCCGUGCCCCUCCCCGAAAGGGCCAGGCCCUCCUUGCCCUUUGGGGGGCAGGGCCCCCUGUUUUCACUUUCCGUGUGAACGCAAAAGAAGGUGAGAGCAAAGCAAGUGGAGGUGGGUGGUGAGAGCAGACGCCCUCCCCCGCCCACCUGACCCCCCACCCCGCGCUCUGCGGGAGAGGCGGGGAGACGGGAUACCCCCCCACGAGAUACCGAACUCUUGGGUUGUGUCUGGAUUCAGACUUCUCCUUCCUCGACUGCCACCACCCGCCCCCCCCCCAUAAGGCCCAGCUGCUAUCUCUGUCUCCCCCCCACCUCAUCACACCACACUCCCCACGUGACCCCCCCACCCCUACUCAGCAGCUGGGUCGACCCCUCAAUCGCUGUCAUGAAUUUCUCUUUCCCUUCCAACCCCUUAAGCGGAGAAGGCCGGGGGCUUUUGGUUCUCUGUCCAGCUUGCUGGCCGGGGCGGUGGUGGCCGGACUGGCCCUCUGGGCGGAGGGGCGAGCAGGAGGGGCUGCCCGAGACCCGCCUAUGUGAAGACCCUGUUGGUACCCAGGUCCGGAGUGGGCCUGGCACUGGGCGAAGCCAGGGGGACCCCCUCAGAGUUUGGGGUCCACAGCCGGCUUGCAAGAGGGCGGCCUGGCACGGACACAGCAGCGGGCCUUCGCGUCCGUGAGGCGGGUGAGUCCGCACGGCACGGCGUGGGGACCUCACGGCCUGUCGGAGGCGGGAGUCUGGGGACUGGGCUUUCGGGGGGCGGGGGGCUGGUCUGACAGGACUGCGCUUGUUCUGAGAUAAGCUCUGCCAUCGAUUGUUCUCUGCACUUUUUUGUCCUGCUCCUCCGUGGUGCGCCGUGCUCAGUCACUCCCCCACUUCUCCCCCCCACUCCCUCCCCCUUCCCGGGGAACCCCUCAACCCCAGCCCACCCCAGGGCGCUCUUGCUAGGUGGAAGAAGGGGCCUUCGUGGCCCACAGAGUGUGGCCAGGCCCUGGCAGGCUAAAGAGGGGAGGAGUGUGUUGGCUGACCGGUUUGGCUCAGGUUAUGCAAGAGCACUGGGGCAGGGGGGGAGGGGGACCCGAGCAAGCCCUUCCGCACUGGCUACUGUGUGACUUUCCGGUGGAAACCGCAGGGGCCCCUCCCAGCAGGUGCCCCCCACCCCCACCCCACGGCUCACGGCUUUUCUGUCCCCAACACCCACUACCACCUUCCCUGUCCCUCCUCACCUCUGGAUCCUCCCGGGGGGGCGGUGCCAGCCUCUCUCCCCCCACACGCCCCCCCCACCCCUGCGUGCAUCAUUCUGACCAAAUGAAAUAGGCUGGGGUGGGGGGGAGGGCCGCGUUUCUAGCCAAGUAGAAUCACUGUAGAGGUAGAGAUGUUGAUAUAUAUGUGGGUGUAUAUAUAUAUCAAACCAAAUUCCCGAGAGGAAAAUAGCUUUACGUCUGCGGAGGGGGCCAGGUCAGCUAGGAGGGCUUCCCAGCCGGGGGGUUGUGGGGGGGUUACAGUCAGGCCUGGGCCCUUCUCACACACACACACACCCCUCCAAGGGACGCCCUGCAGGGGGCCUGCCCUUCCUGGGCCCCACCCCCCAGCAUCAAGGACACGGACAGGAGAGGCUGGGAGGGAGGGGGUCAGCGCCCCACCGUGACUGGACCUUCCCUUCCCGUUUCACUUGGACCACGCCACACGCACCACCUCCCCGUUUCCCGUGCCGGUGGGUGUCCCUGGGCACGCAGAACGGGGACGGUCUGUAGAAACGUUUACCUCUCCCGUCCCCCGGAUCCAGCGCCCUCGGGACCCAAGGACUCGCUCCCGGGAAGGAGCCCAGGGAUGAGCCGGGAAGAUUCCCGCCCCCCCCCCCCCAGCCCAUGCCCGCCCCACCCCCCCCCAAGGUCAUCUCAAUGUAGCCGGGUCACCUCAGCACCGCCACCCUCCUCCCCGGCCUGGUCUGCUGCGUCCCCACCCCCCACUGGGUUCUGUGAUGAAAAGUGUUACUCCAUGUUGACCCUUGUGGAAAUGCGUCCGCCCUGUCUUUUCAAAGCCCCUUCUCCCUCUGUGAGUUGUUCCUCUCCCUGUUUAUUUAUAAAUGUCAGCUUUUUUUUUUUUUUUUUUGCCCCGAUUUGGUUUGGUUUUGGUUUUGGUUCAAGACAGACCAACGCGUCGUAGACCUAUAUGUAACCCUGUUCCUUAGUCUCAUACUAUAGGUAUGUUAUAAGAAUGGAUAUUUUACUUGGGCUUUAGAAUGUUUUACCAGGAAAAAAAAAAAGAAUAAUAAUAAUUCUUAACUGAUCACGUCCUUGCUACUAAAAAAAAAAAAAUGUUUUGUGUUUUUCUCCUCAUGAUGUUGUGCUUCUAAAUUAAUCAUCAUUUUCGUUGUAGAAAAAUGGAGUGAAUUUAUAUUAGUCUUGGAAACUAAUAAUAGCAUUGUAAAUUUAUGAGAUGAUUUUAACAGAAAAAAUUAUAGAAGAAUAUAGUUAUUUUAAUUGUAAUAUUACUAACUGUAGGGUGAGGGGGGUCCCGUUGUGGUGAAUUUCGUUAGAGCUUGUUACUUACAGUUUCUUUUUUUGAUCAUUUUUUCGGUCUCUGAGGUGAAACGAGUUAUUAAUGAAAAUCUGUAAGCUCACAUAUGCAUAUUGUAUAUGUGUAGAAAUGUAAUCACACUCUGUCUUGGAACUGCAUUAAACUGUUUGGAAUCACUGUG